AUGAUUGGACGUGAAGGCCGCUCCAACCUUUGGCUGAUCCAUGGCGGCAUCCCCAUCGUCAUUGCUGAGGAGAAGGUGAGACCAGCCUUAGCUGGUGAAGUCAUUGCCAAGCAGCUCACCGAGCUCAAACCUCAACGCAAACGCAAGCGACAAGUCUUGCAAGACGAUGUGGGAGAAGAUGAAGUUCCAUUUGGAGAUGAUCUUGAUCCAUCUGUUGGAAUUGGAGAUGAAGACGACCAAGGAUCCUUCUUCCAUCUUGGUCGUGGCGGUGGAGAACAACAACAAGCUGAAGAAACUCCUGUGAUUCCUGCUCUCUCUCAACCUGAUGUUCAACCUCAACAACCUGAACCUGAGGAGCAGAUUCCCUAUCCUGAUGUCACUGGUGGAGAAAUUCUGGUGGACCUGGACUCCAAUGGGAUGGACUCUCAGCCACCUGGACUUGUGGCUCCAUCCAUGUCGCAACACCCUCCUGGAUUUGAGGAAGAUCCCUUGUUGCGACCGCCACCUGGACUUGUGGCUCAGUCACCUGGACUUGUGACACCACCAGUUCCACCUCCACUGGAAUUCAAUGACAUGGAUGAAUUCAUGCAGGAGUCCUACACUCCAACAUCGCCAAUUCCAACUCCCGAUGGUCCAGCCCGUGAUCGACUUCUCACGGAAUUGGAACCUGAUCAAGAGAUGGUGCCACCAACUCCAGCGCCACCAACUCCUGAAGGAGCUCAUAGAGUUUCAGAACUUCAAGAAGCCAUGCGACGAUCAGUCAACCGACUUGAUGGGCAUCCACGCCGAAACAGAUCACGCUCUCCGAGAGCCAACAAUACUCCUCCUACUGCCAUGUUCCGCACUCAGAACUCCAAACAGAAACAGCAAGCUGAAUCAUUUUCUGGUUUCCUUGCCCGCAGAACUCCAAAGAAAGCAGUCAAGAAGAAGAAGGGCAACAAGGAAUUGAACUAUGGAAAGUCUGAUGAUGCGCUACGUCAAAAGAUUGACCAAGCACGAGCGAAGGAAUGGCAGAAUUGGUCCAACUUUGAUGCAUGUGAUGUCAUUCCGCCAGACAAGGCAAAAGACUUCCUAGAUGCUCACCCUGAUGCACAAGUUCUACCAACACGUUGGGUUGAUGUUGACAAAAGCGAUGGUGGUGAAGAAGCCUUUCUGAAGUCAAGGCUUGUGGUGCGUGGUGAUUUGGAAAAGGACAAUGAGUACCGCACCGAUUCACCAACUGCCAGCCACCUCAUGCUGAGUUUGAUUUUGAGUUUCUGUGCCUGCUUCAAUCUUAAUCUCCACUGCGGAGAUAUCACUGCUGCAUUUCUCCAAGGGUUUGGUUUGGCCAGAGUGCUCAUCCUGAGCAUGCCCUGGGAUGGAAUUCCUGGACUUCCAAAGGGUUCCUUGCUCCGAGCCAAGAAACCAGUCUAUGGAACAAGAGAUGCGCCACGUGGAUUUUGGCGAGCCUUACACCGAACUCUCCUCCAAGCUGGCUUCCGAGCCGUCCCUCAUGAACUAGGUGCAUAUGUGAUGAACAAGCCGAAUGGCGAAAUUGAUGGUUUGCUUGUUUGUCAUGUUGAUGAUUUGCUUUGGUGUGGUGGUGAAGCCACACAGAAAGCGAUGGAAGUUGUUCAGCAGAAGUUGAAGUUUGGAAAAGUGGAAGAAUCCGAGUUCAAGUAUUGCGGUCGUGUGAUAAAACAAACUGAGAAAGGCAUCGUUGUGACAUGCCCUCAUGGACUUGAAAAGACCAGGCCAAUCCAACUGAGCACUGGUCGGAAACGUGACCGCAUGUCUCCAGCCACCACCGAAGAGCAAGCGCAACUUCGGAGUGUUGUUGGAUCAUUGAACUGGAUAGUCAGAGUUUGCAGACCAGAUUUAGCAUACGAUACCAAUCACUUGCAAACAUGUGUUCAAUGUCCUGUGGUUCAAGAUUUAGUUGAAGCCAAUGCCUUGCUGCGUCGUGCCCAAAUGACGCGCGACCAGGAACUUGUCUAUGGAUGGAAUCAAUUUGAUUUCAACAAGCUGGAGAUCAUUUCUGUGACUGAUGCGAGUCAUGCUGCUGAUUUCGAUGUGGACAAGAAUGGCAACAAAAUGGGUUUCAGAUCUCAGUCUGGACGCGUGCUGCUGAUUGGUGGACCAGAAGUGAUGAAAGAUGGAAAAGGGCCAGUUCACCUUUUGAGCUGGAAGAGCCAAGUGAUCCGCCGAGUUUGCAGAUCAACACUUCAAGCUGAAAGUCUGAGCAUGUUGUCAGGCUACGAAGAGGCUGAGCACUUGCGAAUGGUGCUGCAUGGACUUCGAAAAGACCAUGACCCUCUGGACCCAAGCUGGAAGGUUGAAUCGAAAGACAUGGUGACGCUUCACCAAGUCACUGAUUGCAGAUCCCUGAAGGAUCACCUUGUGCAGGUUUCUGGAGGCGAAGUGAAUGACAAGAGAUUGGCGAUCGACAUAUGUGGAAUGCGGCAAAUGAUCUGGCGAGAGAAUGGGCAAAGCUAUGGCGAUACGAUGCUGAAUGAGAAACCGCCUGAGAAUGGAACAACGCGUGUACAGUGGUGUAAUACCAAAACCAUGCUGGCGGAUGGUCUGACCAAACACAUGGACACAUCAGACCUGCGUAGUAUCGCAUUUCCUGGCUGUCAGGUGACCAUUGCCACGGCACGUGGCUCAAGCGCACCGGCCAAAACAGGUGCUGACUUUUGCUCGCUGCCAGUGGAGAAAUUGGCGCAUAUUCGACCGAGACCCUACCUGGCCACCUGGGCUGAUGGAGAUGUAGUUGGCUAA